AGAAGAAGCCAGAAAUUAGCACUCAAUAUUUUAUAUUACUCUCUCUCUCUCUCUCUCUUUCAUUAUAAUUUAUACACCAAGCUUAUCGUCCUCAAAUUGUGUGGAAAACACUUCAAAAGCUUCGUCCGAUAAUCCAGAGAACAUUUGUUCUUGCGAGAAAUCUAACGUAGAAGAGUUCCACUAAGAUUUCUUAUUCGCAGUUCUGAAGGUUUUGGAUAUUGUGCAGAUUACGAUAUUGUAAUCAUGUCGCAGACCAACUGGGAGGCUGAUAAAAUGCUGGAUGUGUAUAUAUAUGAUUAUUUUAUGAAGAGGAAAUUACAUGCUUCUGCAAAAGCUUUUCUAGCGGAAGGAAAAGUCUGUUCAGAUCCUGUUGCUAUUGAUGCACCUGGUGGCUUUCUUUUCGAAUGGUGGUCUGUCUUUUGGGACAUAUUUAUUGCAAAGACAAAUGAGAAGCACUCAGAAGCAGCAGCAUCAUACAUCGGGACUCAAUUGGCAAAGGCUCAGGAGCAGCAGCAGCAGCAGCAACAUCAGAAACCCCAGCAGCAUCAGCAGAUGCAAAUGCAGCAGCUCUUGAUGCAGAGGCAUGCUCAGCAGCAGCAGCAGCAGCAGCAGCAACAACAACAACAGCAGCAACAACAACAGCAACAGCAGCAGCAACAGCAGCAGCAACAGCAGCAACAGCAGCAGCAGCAACGGAGAGAUGGGAGUCAGCUUCUAAAUGGCACUUCCCAUGGGCUUGUAAGCAGUGACCCUCUUAUGAGGCAGAACCAUGCAACUGCAAAUGCCUUGGCAACAAAAUUGUAUGAGGAAAGACUGAAGAUUCCACUCCAGAGGGAUGCCUUGGAUGAUGGAGGCAUGAAGCAAAGGUUAGAUGAUAAUGUGGGACAGCUUCUGGAUCCAAAUCACACCUCAAUGCUGAAGGCAGCUGUAGCAGGUGGCCAGCCUCCAGGGCAAACACUUCACGGUAUACCUGGGAGUAUAUCUGGAAAUCCUCAGCAAGUUCAAAGUCGAAGUCAGCAGCUUCCAGGGCCUGCACAGGACAUAAAGUGUGAGAUGAAUUCAAUGAUGAAUCGUAGAGCUACUGGUCCAGAAGGAUCAUGUAUUGGAGUUUAUGGAUCAAAUCAAGGCAGUAACAGUUUGACUUUAAAAGGGUGGCCUUUGACGGGGCUGGAGCAGCUUCGACCUGGGCUUCUUCAGCAGCAUAAGUCUUUGAUGCAGUCUCCUCAGCCUUUCAAUCGACUUCAGUUACAGCAGCAACUAAUGCUUCAGGCACAGCAAAACUUGGCAUCUCCAUCUGCUAAUGAUUUGGAAUGCAGAAGACUGAGAAUGCUUCUUAACAAUCAAAAUAUGGGUCUUGGAAAGGAUGGACAGCUAAAUUCUGCUGGCAAUAUAGUUCCAAAUAUUGGAUCACCAGUGCAAUUACCACGUGCAGACACAGAACUGCUAAUGAAGUUACAGCAGCAACAUUAUUCGCAGCAUCCACUUUCUAGUCAACAGUCUCUGAAUUCAAACCACCAAUUCCAGCAGCAAGAUAAAAUGAAUGGUGCUGGCAGCAUCACAGGGGAUGGUAGCAUUUCAAAUACCUUUCAAGGAAAUGAUCAGGCUCCAAAAAGUCAAAUUGGGCGAAAGAGAAAGCAGCCAGUAUCAUCUUCAGGUCCUGCCAAUAGCUGUGGGACUGCAAACACCACAGGACCAUCCCAAAGUUCUCCUUCAACACCUUCUACUCACACCCCCGGAGAUGUGAUGUCAAUACCAAAUUUGCCACACAAUGGUGGUUCCUCGAAGUCUCUGCUUAUGUUUGGUUCUGAUGGCAUGGACUCACUUACAUCAGCACCAAAUCAGUUGGCUGAUGCAGACUGUUUUGUGGAUGAUGGAUCUUUGGAGGAUAAUGUCGAUUCAUUUUUAUCUCCUGAAGCUGCAGACCCUAUGGAUAGAGUUGGUCGGUCUUCUGACGUCAGCAAAGGUUUUACAUUUACGGAAGUCCGGCUUAUUCCAGCAAGUACAAGUAAAGUUGAAUGUUGUCACUUCUCAUCAGAUGGGAAAUUGCUUGCUACAGGUGGGCAUGAUAGAAAGGCUGUAUUGUGGUGCACAGAAUCCUUUGCUAUGAAGUCUACACUUGAAGAACAUUCUCAUGGGAUAACUGAUGUCCGUUUCAGUCCAAGCAUGUCAAGGCUUGCUACAUCUUCAGCUGACAAAACUGUCCGGGUUUGGGACACUGAUAAUCCUAGUUAUUCACUUCGUACUUUUAUGGGCCACUCUUCAACUGUUUUGGCAUUGGACUUCCACCCUAGUAAAGAAGACCUUAUCUGCUCUUGUGAUAAUAGUGAGAUAAGAUACUGGAGUAUCAAGAAUGGCAGUUGUGCUGGCGUUUUCAAGGGUGGUGCGACCCAGAUUAGAUUUCAACCUCGUCUUGGGAGAAUUCUUGCUGCUGCAUCAGAGAAUUUUGUAUCCAUAUUUGAUGUAGAGACCCAAGUAUGCAGGAUUAAGUUACAGGGCCAUAAAAACCUUGUCCAUUCCAUCUGCUGGGAUCCUUCUGGUGAAUAUCUGGCAUCUGUGAGUGAUGACUUGGUCAGAGUGUGGACAAUUGGCUCUGGGAACAAAGGGGAAUGCAUUCAUGAGUUGAGCUGUACCGGCAACAAAUUUCGUACCUGUGUUUUCCAUCCUUCUUAUCCUUAUCUGUUGGUCAUCGGCUGUUACGAGACUCUGGAACUGUGGAACCCAAACAAGAACAAGACAAUGACUUUACAUGCGCAUGACAAACUAGUCUCUGCCUUGGCUGUAUCAAAUGUUACGGGUUUGGUAGCUUCGGCUAGUCAUGACAAGUGUGUCAAGCUCUGGAAGUGACUUAACCGCUUUUUCGUCCCAACAAAAUUCAUAUACUCAGAAAUACUCAACAGGUUUUCCUUGGAUGCUUUUGUAGUUGUUUAUAUUUGUCUGCUUAGCAAGAAAGUAUUUAGAUCCUAACCCUAGUCCCCCACCCCCCCAAGUUAACUGAAGGAAGUCAUCUUUUGCAUCAGAGCUGACUUUGUAAAUCUGGUUGAAAAUGCUGGAUACAGUUUUUGUUCAGACUCAUAUGGGGAAGAUGUAAAUGCUGUUUACAGAAUAGUCAGUUUUUGUUAAUAUAAUAUCCUGUCACAUUUCUCUCUA